ACGGCCCCGCGCCGCCCUCGCGCCGCGCCAGGCGCGCAGCGAGCGCUCCUCACCUGACGCGUCGCCGCUCGCGCUCGACGACGGUCGGCGCGCCCGCGACCGUGCCGCCUCCGCGCUCGCAGACCCAUGGCGCAAAAUGAGCGAACUAGACCUGGCUGCGGCUCGGUCGACGCGCGACCCCUGGGUGCGCUUCCCACCGCCGCGCGCCGACGAUCCGCCCGCCGUCGAGCCUGAGCGACGACGGGACCCUCGGCGGCCCCGACUCGAACGGCGCUCACCAGUAUCUUGCGACACGUGCGGUAGUGAGAGUUGCGAAUGCUGGCGCGCCAGUAGUGCGACGGCGCCAGGAGCGUCGACUGCGGCGAGUGGUGCGACGGCGACGGGCGCAGUGGUGCGCGUGCGCACGCCGCUGCGGCGCGCGGGCGCGUCCCUGGGCGCGAGCUGCGCGGCGCAGUGCACGUGCGAGCCGCGGUCGGCGCGCGUGUCGCCGGCGCGGCUGGCAGCACGCGGCGCGGUGCGGGCGCUGUCGGACGAGGAGGAGCGGCCGCGCCGGCUAUACAAGUCAUCGUCGCAGCGGCUGGUGUGUUCGGCGACAGAGCCAGACCGCGCGCGACCGGCGGACCCGUUGCUGGAGACUACGUGUUGAAGCGACGUUUCGUCCCCUUGGACGUGCGAGUAUUAUUAGUGCGAAUUUUGUAUCCCUUUAGAUGUAAGAGUUCAAAAUUGUAUUUGUAUCGUGUUCGAUUGUCCGUGACGAGAGGCGCUGCUCCUUGGUGCCGCCGGUGCGCCGGUUCGAGUGAUUGUUUUUCAUUUAUUGUCACGUGACCAUUUUCAUCACAGUUGAGACGCGAGUAUUAUGCGUCUGGUUCCUGCGAAGUUGAUUUGAACUGCAUGCUAUGAAAUUAACGCACAACUAAGUAUGUGAGAGUAUCCGUUUCGAUUGAAUUACCUACAAAAUGUUACUUUAUACUAUACGAUGUGUACUUCCAUAAUAUUGUAAAUAUUUCUAGAUAGUUAUGAUAUGAAAUAAAUCAUUGUUUAAAGUCGUUACCAUA